AUGCCAGUCCUCACCAACAUCUUCCUCGUGGAGCGGAGGGGAGAAGGGCGCAGGGAGCUGGAGUGGCGGCGAUGGACCGGACCCGCCGACGCGCUGCAGGCCGCGCUCGCGGUGCUCCUCGCCGCCGGCUUCCCGGCCCUGUUCGAGCACCACAGCGAAGAGGACGUGGCCGCCUCCAUGCUGGUCGCCGGCGAGAAUGACGACGGCGGCGGCGACGACGACGAUGGUGUGCAGCUGCCCACCUCGAUCACGGUCCCGCGGCUCUGGGUCUUUGGCGCCCCGACGCUGCUCGAGGGCUUCCUCCACCACGCCAUGCUCCACCCCUUUGUCUCCCUGCAGGAGGAUGAACGGGGCAUGUGGGGAGGUGAUAGUGACGACCAGGCAACGGAGCGGCUCGUCGUCAGCCUCCAACGACUCUUGGAAGGGCGGCUGGUUACGAAGGGAUUCGAGCGCACGGAGGACGGCUUCGUAUGUCCGUCGUUGCUGCCCGCGCGGAGGGACGGCGCGAGCGCUGCCUCGUCGGCGAUCGUGUGCCGCAUCGAGGCGUUCAGCUACGGCGAUCGCCUGGGCUUCUACUGCAGCGUUGGGGUCCGCGCUGCCGCCCGCUCACUCAACCUGCGCAGCUCCAGCCCCGAAGAUUUUCUCGCCCAAGUGCUGAUCGAUCAACUCGGCUUCAACGCCUCGGCCUCCGAAGAGUACUUCCUCCCCGACGCGAUGGACAUGGAGGGCGCCGGGUUGGACUCGCUCGAGGACCGGCUCGCGGGCAAGCGCACGCGCGCAACCGACGCGUCCCUGCUCUCUCCCUUUGCCGACGUCGUGGGCGACUCCCGCUCCGCCAAACGCUCACGCCCACAGGAACCUUCGCCGCUGGGCGGGCCGCUGUAUGCGUCGCCGACGGGCGGCAUUCUUUCGCCGGCGGUGACGACCGCCUCGCCGCUGCCCGACGCGGCCGCACUGGUCAAGGACGAACCCGCCGCCGCCGCCGCUGCUCCAGUACCGGUGCCGCCACCAGCCGCGGCCGCCACCAAGGCCGGCAAGGAGGACGACGCAUGGUAUCUCCUCAACGACGACUCCAACGACAUCGACAUCGACUUCGAAUCUCUCAUCCGCUCCCUCUCCACCGAGGACUCGGCGAAUGCGGCGGCGGCGGCGGCGGCGGCGGUCGCGGCUGCGGCCAUUAUGCCGCCGGAGCCGGCGGUCAAGCCCGAGCCGAUGGCGACAGUGAUGGCGCCCGGCGCGCUGGCGUCGCCCUUCGACCAGUUCGCCGACGCCGGCGCGGCGGCGGCGAGGGACGCCACGGCGGCCGCGGCCGCGGCGCUGCUCGAAGGCGGUGGACCCGAAGACGCGAUGAUCCUGACCGGCAUAAGCAUGAGCUCGUCGGCGCCCUCGCCCCUGGCCGCUGCUGCCACCACGCCCACGUCGAUCUCCGAGGCUGACGUCAUCGCCUCACUUGAGGAGCCGUCGUCCACCCAGCCGGAUCAGGCGGGUGAGCGGCUGCUGUUGCAUGUGUGGCCCACGGGCUAUUCUCCGCUGCCGAUCCCGCCGACGCCGCCGAACGCGCGCUAUUCGUACCGUCCGACGUCGCAGCUGUCGCCCUCCGCCCGAGUCGAUUCGCCAUCGCCCGCGCCGCCGCUCAGCUUCCGCUGGUGGAAGCGCAUCUCCGAAUCGUCGUCUUCUUCGUCUUCUUCUUCGGCCAUCACCUCUUCCUCUACUCCUUCCACUUCUGCGACGACGGCCACCGCCGCCGCCGCCACUUGGUCGGCCGCGGCCUCCGCAGCGCUCUCCUCUACUCCGCUCCUCAAAUCCGAAGUGGACGACCUCCUUUCUCCCAAGAUGCAUCGAAUCAAGUCGAACGGGUUUGUGAGCUCCAGCUCGACCUCGCUGAGCGAGGCCGACGAAGCCGAGCCCAAGGCCCGACUCACCGAGGAGAUCGACGACAUCGGGCCGGAGCUCGACGCGCUGAUCGUCCGCGAGGUCGUCAUGCAGCAGUGCAGCUCGACGUUCGACAUGCUCUUCCUGGGCAUCAGCCCGUCGGGCCUGUCCCUGCUCGACGACUCCGGCGGCUCCGUCGGCUCCGGCUCCGGCGGUGGCCCGUCGACGGCCUGGUUCAUGCCGACGCCGGCGAACAACGCCUCUUCCGCGCUGCGACGCUCGAGCGGCGGCGAUGCCGACACUACAUUGGACGGCGCCGAAGUCGACCCGCUCUUCGCGCUGGUGCAGCAGUACAGCAAGGACAGGGCCGUGGCGGCGCAGGCCAGGUCGCAGCUCACGGCCGAGGGCCUCAUGCACGCCCUCGCCACCGUCGGCCAGGCGCUCAACGGUCACACACAGCACCAGCUCCAGCACCACGCGGUGGAGGCGGACUCGUUCGCCACCGGCGGCCUCAGCGUGGUCGGCCCGCUCAGUCUCGCCCAGUGGAACCAGGAGGAGCGGGCGGAGCUGGAGGAGUUGGCGCCCCCGUCGCUGGUGGUGGGCUUCCGGGACGAAUGGCUCAACAUCCCGCCAACCGCCAUCCGCCUAUGGGAAAAGGCCCUGCUCGAACCCUACGCCCCCAGGAAGAACGUGGCGUUCUACGCGCUGGUGCCCAACGACCCGCUGAUGAGCCGGGCGCUGCCGGGCUUUCUGCGCGAUCUGACGGCGGCCUACCAGACCGCCAACCUCGGUGCCCACGAGCCCGCCAUCGAGGACAACAUCCGCUGGGUGGAGUUGUCCGACGUGGAAGCGGCGAUGCGAUCCUACCGCAAGGCGGCCAAGGACCUGGCCCAGGAGCUGCUACGCCAAUGGCGCUCCGGCUCCUACCAGACGCAAGCGGAGGGCUCGGUGGUGGUGUACGUUGUCGACCCGGGUCCGUUGGCCCCGGCGGGGGCCGCGCCGACCGCGCCGCAGGAGCUGCUGCGUUGCGCGGUGCCCCUGCUGCGGGCCGCCAAGGACCUGCCCCACCUCAACAUCGCCUUCCAGAUCCUGCCCACGGCCCUGCUCCUCGAGCCCUGGACGGGGCCGAGCCUGAGGGACCUGGCCUUCUCCGUGUUCUCCAAGUGUCGGCGCAUGAGCUCUCCUCAUUCGAGCGAGAAGCUGUACGAGCCGGUGUACGUGCUGGCCGCGCCCGAGCCCGAUGCCUCGACCACGUUCGUGCUCCACGUGCCGUUGCUGGUCAUCGCCACCCUGACCGACGCGCGCGGCGAGAUGCGCCAGUCGCUCUACCUGGACUCGACCCACGCCCUGGCCCAGCUGUGGCAGUGCGCCCUCAUGGCCAUAGCGCGAGUGUCGGCAACGUGGCGGAUCGUCAUCGGAAAGCUCGGCCAACUCGCCGCCGCCGAAGCCCAGGAGUGGGAGGGGCUGGUGGCGUCGUGGCGUGCGGGCGGCUCCCGAGCGGGGCGAGCGCGUGUGGCGUCGGUCGCGGUCGUGCAGGUCACGCCGCACCCGCACCUCCACCUGCUCCCGGCCCUGGGCAGCGACCUCCUGCCCGACCUCUCCGCCUCCGCGUCCCAGGGCUCGUCGUCCCAGGGCGGCAGCGACGGCGAUCCGCCGGUCGAGGUGUCGACCCACGCCCACCGCUCGCUCGAACUCGAACUCUUCGACGCCUGGCGCACCUCGUCAUCGCUUCACCUCGGCAACUCUUACCUGCUGCCGCGGCCGCCACCAGCGCCGGGCAGUGUCGGAGCUUUGGCCGACCCGACGGCAGCGGCCCCGAUGGCCUCGGUCGCCCUGUUGAACCCCUCCCUCAGCCAAUUCCACGUGCGGUGGGCCGCCGACACCGCCACCCUCGUAAUCUCGCUGGUGGCGCUGACGGACUUGCAGUGGAGCGGAGAGCCGCAGCAGCACCAGGCCGAGGCGGUGCUGCGCGAGGUCGGGCGUGACUACCACCGCCUGUCGUGGCUCACCCUCUCCUCCGCCACCGGCCGUCGCCUCUCCCCUCUACCCCUCCACUUCCUGGCCCCCGCCGCCUCUUCCUCUUCCUCUUCUUCGUCACCUUCCUGCGUGAGCUGA